GAAGGGCAAUUCUUAUGGCACAUAGCUCUGCAGCUGUUGCAAGGGCCUAGAUGCAGGGAGUAAAUGCACUACUAUCCUGAUUGACAAGCGAAGAGCUUCAGGCCAAGCAAUAAUGUAGCAUUCGUGGGAAUUGGACUGACCGCUCCUACCGAGUUCAACAAUUGGACCAAACACCGGACUUUCUUCCCAGUUGUACAGCUGAGGGCAGCUGGUAAACUGCCACUGCUUAACUUAAGUCUUAAGGGCAGCUUAGGCAGGAUGGGAGUAGGAGCUGGAGGGCGUGGCUGCUGAGCACUGGGGCAGGGCGCAGGUGCCAGCAUGGACCCACGCUACCAGAUGAUGAGGGGUCAGGGUGCGGGGCACCCGCUUCUGGAGUUUCCUAGUGACGAUGAGCUCAGGGCAGGGACGUCCUCAGAAGGGAUGAUGCCAGAGGUGGCACACAACCUUGUUGACCCUUCGCUUUACAUGGAGGCGGCUCAGCUGCACGACCCCACAUUCCACCCGCAAGCCAUGUUCAACCCCGAGAGCCCCUUCCACCAACUUCUCCCUAACAGUCCCGCUCCUGGAAAUGGCGCCCUCCUCCCUGCCGAGUACUUUGACUCUCUGCUGAACGCCUAUGGCGUUGGGUUGGACCCCCGCCAAAUGGCCGAGGCACGCUUGCAGUCCCAAGGGGGGCGGCAGUCAAACCCAGCCGCAUUUCUUCAUGACGGGGGACUUGACGUGCUGGCUGCGGAGACCCCCCGGGACGGAAACACCUUCCCAGGGGGUUUCGGCCACCCGGGUAGCAACUCCCCAGUUGACAUGUACGGCGCACUCCAGCGCUUUGCUGCCAGCUUUGCCACCUCCCAGGGGGGUUUGGGGGCCCCUGUGGCAACCCCCCGUCAACUGGCCGCGGAGGAGCCGUCCCCAUACCCCCCCCCAAGGGGGAUGGAAAUGAACUACACUACUCUCGGCCACUUUCCCGAGGCCGACGGGGCAUCACACGGCAGGACAAGCCAGCCCCCGGAGCAGGGGUUCAAUUCGCGGGUGCUGACGUCAGCGGCGUGCAUCACUGCGAUGAUCCAGAAGCUGCGGAGUCCUGAGGACGGUGUGAGAAGGGAGGCGAUGCAAGCAAUUAGAAUGUGGGCCGGGUCUAGUCUGCUGCACCAGAGAGCCGUGGCGGCAGCGGGGGCUAUCCCCCCUUUGGUGGACGUGCUGAGGACUCCGAGCAGCACAGUUGUCUGGGUGGAAGCCGCUCAGACUCUAGCCAGCUUAGCAAUCAACAACGAGGAAAAUAAAGCGUCGAUUGGGUUAGCGGGCGCAAUCCCCCCCUUGGUUAAUCUGCUGGGGCUUCCAAGCCGGGAAGCAAGGGAGGCGGCGGUCGGAGGUCUCAGCUGCUUGGCUCGAAAUGAGCAUAACAAGCAGGCAAUCAUGGACGCAGGUGCUGUCACGGGGCUGGUACGCAUGCUGACCGACGGGGACAACAACAGCGAGUUUGGGCGCGAGGCAGCGGCAAACGUGCUCGCCAAGCUUGCGGUGGAGAACGACGCAAAUAAAAAGGCGAUUGGGCAGUACGGUGCAAUUCCGUUCCUGAUCCGGAUGGUGGAGCACGGGUCCGCCAAAGAACAGGAAGUGGCGGCCGGGGCGCUUGCUAAUCUUAUUCAGGACCCGCAAAACGCGCUGGAGCUCGUCGGCGCGGGGGGCGUGGAGGCGCUGUCCGAACUUUUGGACUGUCCGUGGGAGGGGGCGCGCCAGGCGGCGUCGGCUGCGCUGACGCAAGUCAGCGUGCACGAGGCCAAGUGGAACGAGGAGUUCAACCUGCUGCAAGCACAGGGGCUCGAGGACGGCCUGCAACCAGUCGACGACGAGGACGAGCUCACUAUGGACGAGGUGCGUGCCGCUGAGGAAAUCCUCCGCAACGCCAUCAACGAUAACGGGGGGGAGGAAGACGAGGACGAUGUGCCCCCCGAAGCGGAACCCCCGGCAACCGAUGAGGUAGGAGGGGAGCGGGGAGAAGAGGAGGACCAGCCGGAUGACGUCAGCAUCAGCGAGGCGGAGAGCUCGGACGAGGACGUGCCGCUGGUGAAGAGACGGGGCGCGGUGACGUCACAGGCGGCGUCGGCGAGAGCGGCUGACGUCGUCGAGGGCGUCGCUGACAUCACCAAGGAGGGGAGAGAGCCCCCGGAGGACGUUCCGCUGGCGAUGCGGUUCCGGGUUCCGUUGGAGGAGGCGGGGGCGGCGCGGCGGCGGAAGGGGGCCAAGAAGCAGGGGCGGAAACAGGGGAGGAAGAAGCGAGUGGUGAAAAUUCCGGAAAAGGGGGGGGCAGACUUGGUUGCGGAGGAGGGACAGGAAAAGAUUGCCGCGGAGGGGGGGGGAGAAGCGAAGCUUGCAGAGGGGGGGGCGGAAGCGAGCGUUGCAGAGGCGAGCGAGCAGUCGUCAGAGGAGGACGUUCCGCUGGGCAUGCGGAAACGAGUGAUGUCGGAGGAAGAUCUGCCGAUCUUGGCAAAGGGGCUGAAGCCUCUAGUUCUGGACGAGAGCAUUCCGCUGGGGGUGGGGGUGGCGCGCGCGCCGAAGCGGCGGAAGCUGGAGCUGCGGCGCGCGGGGUCGGGUGACGUCAGCAGCCGGGACGGGUCCGAGAGCGAGCGCCCGAAGCGGAAGCGCCGCCGGGCUUCAGUGGCAGAGAGGUGGGACUCGGAGGAGCGCGCUUCGGCGGACCCGUUGGACGAGGAACCGGCGAUCCGGGCGGCUUUACACUCCCCUGUGCAAGCGACGAUGACGGAACUCCUCGGAAUGGAGGACCCCCCAGAGGGAGCGUUUGAGGAUGCGCUAGCCGGGGAAGGCCACGUGACCGAGAAGGGCAGCUUAGACGAGGCGCUGUUACCCCCCGGAAAGGAAGAAGAGGGAUCAGAUCCGGCAGGGUGGGAUGUCGUUCGGUCGCCGGACGACGAGACGGAGAGCCCCGAAAAGGAGAAGAAGCGGCGACGGGGGUCCAAGAAACGCGCGAAGCCGAUGCAGCCGCCGCUCAAAGUGUCGGCGGACGUCCUCCGGAAGCCGGAACUCCAGCUUUCCGUUCCGGAGUUCUCGGCGGAAAAGGCGGACGCGGAGACGGCGCAGUGCGACUGCAUCGGCGCGACGGCGGGGGUACACAACGGGGACUGCCAGUUCAGGAGCCCGGUCGGCAAGCCCCCCCAGAGCAGCGCGGCGCACAUCCUCGCGUCCGGGGGGAGUGCGGCGAAACCAGAACCGGCAAAACCGAAGGCCCCCUUGGCGGCAGGACUCAGCCGCUUGAUCGUCGCCUUCGCAGCCGGGUUGAACUCGACCCCGCCCCCCCUCCCCCCAAUGCAGCCGCUCCGAGAGCCCGGUCGAAAGCCCCGGGGGCGGACCGGAAAGCUCCGGCCGGCGGCCGCUGUCCCCGACCCCCCCCCUGCGGUGCCCGGGCUCCAGCAAGGCCUCCCCGCGCUCAUGGGAAUGCUCCGGAGCACCAGCUUGGAGUCCCAAGAGUUUGGCUGCCUGACGGUCGCACUGUUAGCGGUUCAGGGGGGGGACGCCGCCAAGCGGAACAUGGUCGAGGGGGGUAUCGUGCCCGCCCUGAUUUCGAUCGUGCGCAGCGCGGAAGCCGGCCGCGUCUCGCAGCUUCUACGAGGGGGGGGCUUCUUCCCGCUUGCUGGGAAGGGGGGCCAGGUUCCGGGCCAGUCCGCUCUGGGCGGGGGGACGACCGUCAACGGAAGGCCGCGGAAGCGGCGGAACGCCUUCACGAACGUUGGCGCGGACGGCUUCUCUCGCCCCCCACCGGAAGGCACCUCCCCCGCCCCCGCCCGGUUACUCGGCCCUGAUCUACUCCCCCCGUCCACAAAUUACCAGGGCGGGGGAGGCUUCCAACCUGCUACGGGGGGGUUCUCAGGCCCGGACCUCCUUCCCCCCGGGACGCACACCUUGCAGCAGAGCCUUGGACCGCCCAGCGCGGCAGCCGCGGCGGCGCGCCACAUCGGCCUGGAUCUGCUUCCCCCCGGAACGAGUGUGACGCAGUUUGGGCCGUCGGGAGUGCGCUACCGCCUGCCGGUGAACGCCAUGCUGAACCGAAACGGGGGGGUGAAAAAGGCGGAGCAUCACCCCGGGGGCCCGAACGUGCCCGGUAGAAUGCUUCCGGGGGGUAAGCUUUUGAAGCCGAAAGCGGAGCCGACGGUUCGGGAGGCGGGGGUGGGAACCGGGGCGUUCUUUCCGGUGGCCGGGGAUGCGAAGAGACGGGUCGGGCCUAUUCACCUAGUAAGCAAGCAACCGGUACAAAGCCCCGGCUGGACUUCCAGCCAACCGCAGUCUAUCGAGGGCACAGCGCAAGCAAGGGGAAGUGCCCCGAGCGAGAACGGCGUUGGGCCUAACGGAACGCAAAGUGAGCGUUCGCGCUCCCCCGAGCAGUCGCAGAUUGUUCAAAGCAACCCGGGUUCUUUGACAGGGGCAGAUCCGGCGCCUCUGACAGAGAGUGCGGAAGUAAAGGUGCCAAACGCGGCCGAAGUUGUAGAUUUGACGAAGGAAGCGGCGGCUACAGAUGAAAACUCGGAAAAGAAGACAGGAUCUGAUCAAAUCGUUGCGGCGGCAACGAUCGAGGCGUCGCCCGGAGUGGAAAACGGGGAAGUGUCUGAACAGCCCACAGCAGCUUUAAGAGACGGUGCAGGGGUCGGUGAACAGCCGACAGAAGGUACUAACGUUAGAUCGACGGUAGCACAGAGCACUGCUUCGGACAGCGGAGUCUCUCAGCCUGCAAAUGCCCCCGUUGCACGGCCCGAGGUCGCAAGUGAGCUUCUACCUGAAGCGUCGACUGCCGGAGAAAAAGCGGAACUAGAACGGAGCGCGGUGAAGACGGACAUAGAGACAGAUGGUUCGGAGAGCUCACAACAGCAGACAGCAGAGAAGCCGACAAACGGAAUAAGCGCACAAGGAAGUGCGCAAACAACGGGGACUGUGGCUGAUGCGGAAGGACUGACAGCACAGCAAGCGACGGUCGAAGGGACAGUCCCCGAAACGGAAGUCGAGACGGUACCGGAAUCUGCAAAGGAGAGCGCAAUUCCCGAGCGAGAAGGUGAUGUUGAGGAAAACAUAGCGGCCUCCAAUGAAGCCUCGACGGGCCCCGAUGACGUCACAGCCCCUCAGAAUGACGUCGAGUUGAGAGAACCUUCAAACCCUUCCGAAGAGAUCACAGCGGCCGUUGAUCCCGCCCCGGCCGCAACAGAUCAAAUCACGGCAGCCGUCGAUCAGGCUGCGGCGCCAGACCCUGCAGGGGAGUCCCCGUCAGCCCCCCCGUCAAACCUUCCGUCGAAUACCGCCGUCUCGAGCGGCUCCGAUGCCGUCCCGGCAUGGGACGGCUCUCAGUCUUUGAUCCCCCGGGCGCUUUCCACCAACGCCUUUUCUCAGGCUCUUGCCAGCGCGUCAGAGUCCCCUCCGGAGUCCCCUGACAAAGCAAACCCGAGACACCUGGCGGCGCUCGCACGCAUCGCGGCCGCCAAUGCGCUCUCGACCCUGUGCGUCGGCAACCCCGCGGGAAAGGACGCCGCGGUCCGCGCCGGGGGGGUCCAGGCGCUCGCAAUCAUGGCCGCGCUCGCGCAGGGCGAGGCGUCGUCCAAUACGCCGUCCGAAAAGCCGCGCGAGUCGUCCGAAACGCGCGCGGAAGCGUCCGAAUUGCUCGCGGAGGCGUCCGAUCUCAGCGAGAAGGCGUCCGAACGCGCGAUAGAGGCGUCCGAAAGGCGACCGAACGCGUCCGGAAGACGGCCUGAGUCGAAGCGCGCGCGAGGCGCGCGAAACGCGGAGCGCGCGGCCGCCCUUAGUGCGCUCACGAGCUUAGCGCUGUCGGACGGCCCGCAGAAGCAAAGGAUGUCGUCUGCGACGGCGGUGCCGUGGGUGGCAAAAAUGAUGGAGGGAGCGGACGCUCUAGAGGUUGCCGCGGGGGCAGGAGGACUGCAGUCGAUUGCGGCGAGCCUAGACUUGGAAAAGAUGGACGAACCCGCCGUUUCCCAAGACGCCAAAGUUUCCGCUGCCAAGCACAUGCCUCUCGAGCUCGCCUUCACUCUGAUGGAGCUCAUCGCGGGGGGGGCUCCCGAGACCAGAAGCGCCGCGAUCCAAGCGCUCGCGUCGUUCCUGAUCGUGCGCCAAGAUUUGGCCUCCAAGCUGGGAGGGUUUGGGGGUUUGGGCGGCGCGUACUUCGGCCUCCACGAGCAGCUGCGCCAGGCGGGGCGCGCGGGCGCGCGCGCGCUCCUGUCGCUCCUGGGCACGCGCUCGGACGCCGCGGUGCGCGAGUCGGCGGUGGCGGCGGUCGCGGCCGCGGCCGCGGGCUCGCGGCGACUGUUGGGCUGGUUGGAGGAGGAAGGGGUCGCCCCUGCACUGAUGGGCAUUUUCCGAAGCGGGGGCGAUGAGUUGAUGCGCGCGCUGGUUCUUGCGGCGGCGUUCAAUGUGGGCGCGCUUAAGGGGAAGCUUACCGGGAUGGGCGGGGAGGACGUCCGGUCUCUGGUGGAGUACUUGAAGACGGAACCGGAAACUCCGGAAGGGGUUCCUGAGGACGUUGUGGCUAAAGUGGAGGUUGGGGCGGGGACGAUUGGAGGGGAGUCCAAGGAGAAAGAGCAGGAGCGAAAGGAAGGAGCUGGGGUGAAACUAGAGAUGGUGGAAAGUGGCUUGGGGCAAGAGGCGGAAAAGCUGGUUGCUUCAACCGAGUCAAGGAAUGACGCAAAAGCGGAUGGGGUCGAUUCAGCAGAAGCGGUUGGUGUUUCGGAUGGUGAGCGGACUCGGGGGGUGAGAAACGCAGACGGGGCGGGCGUAGAAGAAGGGGAGAAGGGGAAUACUUUGAACGGGCCGGAACCGACGGAGAAAAGUGGGGACGCAAGCGUCGAAGCUACGGUCUCAAGCGUGGAGCAAAGAAGCGAGGUUAUGGACAAGGGGAAAAACGCGCCUCCAGAAACGGUCGCAGCAGAAUCGAUAGAGUGCGCUGCAACGGAUCCGGGGGCGGCUUCUCCCGCCAGUCCCGAAGUUUCAGAAGCGAAAGGCGAGGAGGCGUCAGUCGUGGAGCCGCCACGUGUCGCCUCUCCAGAAUCGAAGGGCGAGGAGGCGUCAGUGGUGGAGCCGACACAUGUCGCCCCUACACUGAAGACAUGUAAAGUCGAACCAGAAGAUGGAGCGCUCAACCCGCCGGAGAGUGCGACGCCUUCUGAUCCGACUUCACCACAAGCGGAGAAGCAUUCUGAUCUUGUUGCGGAAAGCGGCCACGUGGCAAGCCCUUCGUCCGACGCCGCGGGACCUUCCGAUGAAACACCUAGGGAACCGCCAGUAGCCGCAGAAAUGACGUCAGCAACGGGAGCAACGAGUGCCUCUGCCGAACAGCCAGCCGCAUUGGAACUGGAUGAAGCGAAGGAGGUCGUUCCUGCAACGAAUGACGUCACCGCCGUGGUGGCUCGUCCGGAAGCACACGUGGCAGCCGUCGAGGAGGCCCACGUGGCUCCGAGCCCCAAACCCCCAAACCCCGCGACGCCCUACGACCACGCGGCCGGCGUACUCGUUUACGCGGCGCUCGGGUGCGACGCCAACGGGCACCUUGCGCUGGUCGGCGCCGGGGGGAUCCCCCUCAUCAUGAAAGUCCUAACCAAAAAGGGUUGGGGUUUGGAUGGGCCCGCUAGAGAGGCGGCCGCCGCGGCGCUAAUGAUGCUGGCGGCGUCGAGCGAACAGACUUCCCGGGAAAUCCGGGCGGCCGGGGGAGUGGCGCCGUUGGUGAAGAUUUUGGGAGCGCAGGCGGGGGGGAGCGUAACCGGGGGAAAGGUGUGGGGGGAGAAAGAGGCGGCUGCGGCGGCGUUGGUUGUGCUCGCUGGUCGCUGUGAAGAGGGACGCAACGCCUUGAUACGCGCCGGGGGCGUCCGCGCCCUUGUCGCCGCCCUUCAGUGCUCGGAACCCGGGCCAAUUCCCCCGGGCACCCCGACGCCUUCCGUUCCGCCCGGGGGGCUCUCCCCGACCGGAACCGCGGCCAUCGCCCAGCUUUUGAGCACCCUGGCAGUGCACCACCCCGAGGCCCGAUCGCAGAUGGCGUCACUGGGCGUCCUCCGACCGCUCGUCGACGUUCUGAUGGGCGGGAGACGAUCCCCCGGAGGGAAAGAAGAGGAGCCCGGAACGAUCGCCCAGGAGGCCGCUGCGGCCGCGCUCGCGAACAUCGUCCAGGGGGAUCCCGCGAGCGCGCGCGAGGUCGUGGGCGCCGGCGCGAUCGCGCCGCUCGUGCGCGCGCUCGAGGGCGGCGGCGAAGCCGCCGCGCGAGCGCGCGGUGCGGCUGCGGCCGCGCCAAACCCGGGCGGGCAGCUCGCGGCGAUGACGGCGCUCGCGAGCCUGAUGCGGCAGAUGAAAGAGACGGCGGCGCUGGUGCUUACGGAGCUCGCAACGGAGGACGGGGAACUGCAGGAGACGGUCGGGGGGUCGGGCACGAUCGCGGUGCUCGUGGGGAUGCUGAACGGGCCGGGGAAGGGGAAGCUCGCGGCAGCAAGGGCGCUGUCUAUCCUGACCUCUCGGAGCGAAGCCAACAAGCACCGCGCGCGCAACGCCGGCGCUGACGUCAGCGUCCUUAGCACCCUCAAGUUCCCCGGGCAGACGGAGCCGCCAGGGGCAUCCCCCGAGAAGCUCGCCAAGACGGGGCCACAGCCCCCGGGGGGCCGGCCGACUUAUCAGGGGGCGCGUCAGCCGCUCACGCAAGUGCCUGGGGGAGCCCCCCGGGCAGUCAACGGCCCGGGCAAAUUUUCGGGGGGGAGGAUGAUCAGCGGUUUUGGGGGGUGGGGCAGAACCAGGCGCCGAGGGGCCCGCAGAGCGUGCGCCAGUCCUACGCGGCUCCCGCGCAACAAAACGUGGUGCGAACGCUUUGCGCCGGGGGUGAAAUCGGCAAACGGGCCAGGGCGCCCGCCUGGUGUGGAGAUGAGUACGCAGGCGCAGUCGGUUCCGGUGCCAGAGGGCCGGAAUCCGGCCGGAAUGGGAAGCCAAACGCAACCGGCAACCGCCCAGGUCAAGGUUCCGGUGGCAGAGGUCGGGCUUCAGGUGUCCGCGCAGAUUCCGCCUGGGGGGCCGACACAACCAACGGAAACCGGAGCUCAAGGUCAUACCGUCCUGAAUAGGGGUACUGUCAAAGGCCCUGCGGAUCAAGCAGCGGUUACUGAGCGCCGUCCGAUGGAGAGUGGUCCGAAAGCGACGGCUGAGAUGGGCUGCCAGGGCCAGCCGUUGCCGGUGCAACCUAGACCGGUCGCCACUGAACUGUCUGAGUGGUCGAAGGUACAGAUGAAGGUAGUUGCUGACGUACAACCUAAGCCCUUAGUGGCGAUCGAAACGGUACCCAAAGCCACACCGGCUGUGACCGAACCCCCGAAACCGGCGGUUAACCAGUCCCCAGCAACUAACCCGGCCCCUGACCCAGUUACUCAUGAGAUCAGUCGCCCUUCACCGAUGCCUAACAUGGAAGAGAAUCUUGCUAAUCGGCAGGAGCCGACAAAAGCUUUCCCAGACGAAGCCGCCCGCGCGCCUGCCACGUCAGCGGACGUGGACGGGGCGCCCAGGAUGACGUCAGCGGCCCGCGCGGGUUCGGAUCUGAGCCUCCAGAUGCUGGCGGAAGUCACUGCGGCAGCGGAAGCGGAACGAGAACUAGAACGGACUCAAUCAGAGGUAAAGCUCGGUUCCACAAUUUCGGGGGGGACAAAACGGGCGCGUGGGGAGGCGGGCGCAAGGCCGCCGCUUGCCGAGGGAACGAGUUCCGGCGGUGCGCAGCAGCGGACUCCGGUGGAGUCGGACGGGCUCCCGCGGCCACCCAAGAAGCCGCGGACGGGCAUGCACCGGACGCCGUCCAAGCUGGUGGCGGAACGCUUUCCGAGUUUUGCGGAAGACGCAAAAGAGCAGCAAGGCCAACUGAGGGGGGGGAGUCCCGGCUCGGAUGAAGCGGAGCGGAAAGACAGGGGCAACGAAACGGCGUCGGAACGAGGUCGCCGCACGAGACUCCGUGGGCCUCCUCAGAGGCUCGGUUAGUGGGCCAAACGGCUGCUUGUUUCGUAUUCAAAGAGAAACUGCGACAGUCUGGGAGUCAGCCUUCAUAAUGACCGUUCUGAGCAUUUCCGACUACAUGAGCGGGUUUCAAAACCACUGUAUACUAGCAAUAUAAGUUAAAGCGACUUGAUUAAAUCAGCGCCGGGCCAAAGCUUGCAAAAGCGUUCAUUUUUCGGGCCGC